CUGAUAUCUUCUUUCAUCACAUGUCUGGAUUAUAGUUAAUACAGGUCUCUCCUCAUGGGAACCUCUUCUGGAGCAAACUUCCAACAGCAACCACCUACAAAAUUGCUUCCUCCACGUCAGCAACCUAGACCUUCAGGGCUGCAAACAUCCCUAUCCCUAAUUUCCUCUGAUGCUCGUGGCUCUCCCGAUACUCAGGAACCUGGUUCAAAUUCUGAGCAUGUGCGUGAGUCCCCAUCUGAGAGUGCUAGCUCGCAAGAAACCUGGCCAAUGGAAAACAACCGUCCUGAACCUAUCAAAGCAAAGAAGUUGGAGAAGGAGAAAGAAGAAGGAGAAAGUUAUUGCCCUGAGCAGUCUGUUAUUCGCCGGGUUUCCAGCGCAGAAAAGAUCACUCUUCAUGAUGUAGCUAGAGAAAGGGUCGAGAUAAUUUCUGAGCGCAUCCGUACCCAGCCGGAAGAGCUUGUAGAAGGGCUUAAAAGUGAGCUUCGGGUAAUUCUCGAAGGAACAGGUGGCUCUCAGAAUAGAGAGGAGUUUUUACUUCUGCAGAGGUAUGUUCAGUGUAGAACUGAUUUGACAGCCAAAUCGCUAAUUAGAGCGCACCGAGUACAGCUGGAGAUUCUUGUCGCAAUAAACACGGGAAUCCAGGCAUUUUUGCAUCCAAAUAUCAGCCUCCCCCAGACUUCCCUCAUAGAAGUGUUUCUUUACAAACGGUGCAGAAAUAUAGCAUGUCAAAGCCAGCUUCCUGCUGAUGACUGCAGCUGCAAUAUAUGCGCUAAACGAAAUGGCUUCUGCAACCUUUGCAUGUGUGUACUUUGUAAUAAAUUCGAUUUUGAGGUAAACACAUGCCGCUGGAUCGGAUGUGAUUUGUGUUCUCAUUGGACUCACACGGAUUGCGCAAUUCGUGCUGGGCAAAUUGGAAUGGGUUCGAGCUCUAAGAGUGGAGUCAGUACUUCUGAGAUGCUUUUCAGAUGCCAGGCCUGCAAUAGGACCUCCGAGUUGUUGGGUUGGGUUAAAGAUGUGUUUCAACACUGCGCACCAGGCUGGAACCAGGAGGCCCUGAUGAGGGAAGUCGAUUUUGUUAGUAAGAUUUUCCGUGGAAGUGAGGAUUCCAGAGGGAGGAAACUUUUUUGGAAGUGUGAAGAUCUCAUGGAGAAGAUGAAGAGUGGAGUCCCAGAGCCUACAGUUUGCAAAAUGAUGCUGCUGUUUUUCCAAGAACUCGAGAUGGACCCCACGAAGAACCCUGAAGGUGAGGAAAGUGGCCGGAUGAUUGCCCCACAGGAGGCAUGCAACCGGAUUGCAGAGGUGGUGCAGGAGGCCGUGAGGAAGAUGGAGAUGGUGGCCGAGGAGAAGAUGCGCAUGUUCAAGAAGGCCCGCCUUGCGCUCGAGGCCUGCGACCGUGAGCUCGAGGACAAGACCCGGGAGGUGGUGGAGCUGAAGAGUGAGCGGCAGCGGAAGAAGCAGCAGAUCGACGAGCUGGAGAGCAUCGUCCGGCUCAAGCAGGCUGAGGCCGACAUGUUCCAGCUCAAGGCCAACGAGGCAAGGCGGGAGGCCGAGCGCCUACAGAGAAUUGCCCUCGCCAAGUCCGACAAGUCAGAGGAGGAGUAUGCCAGCAGGUACCUGAAGCUCCGGCUGAAUGAGGCUGAGGCUGAGAAGCAGUACUUGUUUGAGAAGAUCAAGCUUCAGGAAAACUCACGGGCCACUGCACAGGCCAGCGGGCCCGGUGGGGACCAAUCACAGAUGAUGAUGCUGUGCAAGAUCCAGGACUUGCUAAAGAAUGUGUACAAUGUGCCUCCAAAGUUGGAUGGGCAGUCGAGCGACCACCACCCUUCAGUGCCAUGAAAUGACAGACUCCGGUAUGUGGUUCUUCCAUCUUCUCUACUGCAUGUUUUAAUGGACUAUACCCCGGCUGCCCUUUACAUGUUGUUGUGAAUCAAAGAAUCAAAUGGCUGUUGUUGUCAUUCGCUGCUCUUGUCGAUGUGUUCAUCUAUGCCCAUGCAUCUUAUAUCUGAAGGUAUGAGCAUUGUUUCCGGU